GAUGUCACCUAUUGGUCAGUGCUCCUGUUUGUGGGCGUGGUCAUUUAGAAAAUGGGUGGGAACAGCAAUUUAUUUGUAUGAUCGUCACAGGGCAUCCACCCGUUUCUACUUCAACAUGGCCGCCGCCUUGAGGGGAAGACUUGUAUCAUUGGCCAAGGGCCUGAGCGGGGCUGUCGUUAAGCCAGUGUGUGUGCGCUCGCUGAGCCUGUCAACGAAUCAGAAUGCGUCAGAUACUCCACCAGCGCGGGCCGACAGCACCUUCAAGGUCACAAUGGUGCCGGGAGAUGGAGUCGGACCUGAACUCAUGAUGGCUGUAAAAGAAGUGUUUAAGGGUGCCGAUGUACCUGUGGAGUUUGAGGAAUUCCACCUGAGUGAGGUGCAGAAUAUGGCGAGUGAGGAGAAGCUGGACCUGGUUCUGGACUCCAUGAAGAACAACAAAGUUGCCAUUAAAGGAAAGAUCCACACACCAAUGGAGUACAAAGGAGAGCUGGCUUCCUAUGAGAUGAGACUAAGGAGAAAGCUGGACCUGUUUGCUAACGUGGUUCACGUGAACAGCCUGCCAGGUUACAACACACGCCAUAACAACCUAGACCUGGUGAUCAUUCGGGAGCAGACUGAGGGCGAAUACAGCUCGCUGGAGCAUGAGAGUGUGACUGGAGUGGUGGAGUGUCUAAAGAUCAUCACAAGAGAGAAGUCGCGCCGCAUUGCCAAGUUUGCUUUUGACUACGCCACCAAAAAGGGCCGGAGCAAAGUUACAGCUGUGCACAAGGCCAACAUCAUGAAGUUGGGUGAUGGGCUCUUCCUGCAGAGCUGUGCUGAGGUAGCUGAGCUGUAUCCCAGGAUCAAAUACGAGACCAUUAUCAUUGACAACUGCUGCAUGCAGCUGGUCCAGAACCCGUACCAGUUUGAUGUCCUGGUGAUGCCUAAUCUCUAUGGCAACAUCAUCGACAACCUGGCGGCCGGAUUGGUGGGCGGAGCUGGUGUGGUGCCAGGAGAGAGCUACAGUGCUGAAUAUGCCGUGUUUGAGACGGGGGCAAGGCAUCCUUUCGCUCAGGCUGUUGGGAGGAACAUUGCAAAUCCUACUGCUAUGCUUCUCAGUGCCGCUAACAUGCUGAGGCAUCUUAAUCUUGAGUAUCAUUCCAACAUGGUGUCUGAAGCGGUUAAAAAGGUUAUAAAACAGGGCAAGGUGCGGACACGAGAUCUCGGCGGUUACAGCACUACUGGUGAUUUUGUCCGUGCUGUCGUGGCCAAUCUUCGUCAUCGACCGGUUCGCACAGCAGAUCUGGGGGGCUACGCUUCGAGCGACGAGUUCACACGAGCGGUCAUUUCCAACCUUACUGCGUGAGCAUGCGUCAUCGACGACGUGGUUGUGUAAAUGCUGGUGUUUCUGCUUCUCAUCUAAUAAUAAUAUAAAUGUGUGAGAAUUAUACGCUGAUAUUUACAGUAUAAAAUCAUUCUAAUCAAUGUUAUGGUGUCUGAAUUGUAAAGUGCUCUUUUUAAAGGGAUUUUAAAUCAAAAACAAGUCAUGUGGCAUAAUCUGGAUGCUGUUAGCAAAUUGAGAAGAGCAAUUUGAAGUAUGCUGGACAUACAGAACCACCUCGACAUCACCACGUGGGUAUUAACCAAUCGGCUGCGCUCUUCUCAUCACACCUCCGCUAUCCUUAUGGGGAUCUCAGUGAAUGGUUCUGGCACUGAUCUAUCUUUAUUGUUCGGUCUUUAUGCUUGCUCAGUAGCAAGUCUCCUCUAGUUCGGAUCAUUUGCUAACCCACCCGAUUUCCUGUUAUCGUAGAGACUAAAUUGCAUGACACAAAGUUGUUUGGACUUGAAAUUGAGCUACUUAUUAAGUUGUUUUGCUUGUUAUUAACUAACAAAUAAAUGUAAAUGUUGCCACUAA